AUGGAGUUCCCCACUUUUCCUCCGGGAGACAUGUAUGUUUCAUUAUCUCCCUUCAACGUCACCAUUCCCGACGCGCUCCUACUCGGACCCCCGAUGGGCGUCGGUGCCAAUGGGACCAACAGCACCAGCGUGCCCGUGGGUCGUGACACGGCGAGGGUCGUCAUCGCUGUGUGCAUCACCGCCCUCUACUCGCUCAUCUGUGUGGUGGGACUGUUGGGCAACGUUCUUGUCAUGUACGGCGUAGUAAGAUACACCAAGAUGAAGACCGCCACCAACAUCUACAUCUUCAACUUGGCCCUAGCGGACGCCCUGGCCACCAGCACCUUGCCCUUUCAGAGUGCCAAUUACCUCAUGAGCACGUGGCCGUUUGGGCAGUUGCUGUGCAAAGUGGUCAUUGCCAUCGAUUACUACAACAUGUUUACCAGCAUCUUCACCCUCACCAUGAUGAGCGUGGACCGCUACGUUGCUGUAUGUCAUCCCGUAAAGGCUUUGGACUUCCGUACUCCUGCCAAGGCCAAGAUCAUAAACAUCUGCAUCUGGAUCCUAUCAUCGGUCAUUGCGGUCCCUGUGAUGAUCAUGGCUGUUACAAAGGUGACAGCAAAAGGCAAUGCGGAUUGCAGAAUCAUAUUUCCUGAACCAGACUGGUACUGGGACACCGUGACAAAAAUCUGCGUGUUCAUCUUCGCCUUCCUUGUGCCUGUGCUCGUCAUCACCAUCUGCUAUGGUCUGAUGAUCUUGCGGUUAAAGAGUGUCCGCCUUCUCUCUGGAUCCAAAGAGAAGGAUAGGAACCUGAGGAGGAUCACCCGUAUGGUCCUGGUGGUGGUGGCAGUCUUCAUCAUUUGCUGGACUCCCAUACACAUUUUCAUUAUCGUCAAGACCAUGGUGAAGAUCAAUCACAAAAACCUACUGGUGACGGCAAGCUGGCAUCUGUGCAUCGCCCUGGGCUACAUCAACAGCAGCCUCAACCCGGUUCUUUACGCCUUUCUGGAUGAGAACUUCAAGAGAUGCUUCAGGGAUUUCUGCCUGCCCUAUCGCAAACGUACAGAGCAGCACAGCUUCUCACGUGGCCGCAACAGCACCAGGGAGCCCGUGUCCGUUUGUGCCCCUGCCACUAGACCGCCCGCAUGA